UUAUCCACUCCCACGGCCACACCACUUGUUUUGCUCGGCUCGAGAGUGAGGAGGACGAGCGCCGCGCUGCUCGCCGAUGCGAAGCUCUAGGAUGGCGCACUCCGGGUCCCCGCCGACCGGCUCAAGCGGGGUGAGUGGCCGCAGCGGCCGUCGAGGCCGCCUCCGUCUGCGUGCACCUCAACUGCUCAACCUGGCGGCCAUCAUCGAGUUUGGUGCACUCCGGGUCCGCGCUGACCUACUCAACGGGGCGACGUGGGCGGAGAGCGAGCGCCGCCUGCUUGCCCGCGCCGCCGCGGCGAGCGCGGACGUCGAGGCCGCCUCCGUCUGCGCGCACCUAGCCGCCGUCCAUGGCCACUGCUGUGGCUGCUCUAGGCGCUGGGUGCGGCUAUCACCUCCGAUGCGGCUGGGCGUCCUUGUCGCAGCCACAGCCGGGGGGCAGCGCACCCUAUGCCUGCAAGAUUGUGGAGGCGCACUACUCGAUGACGGGCGUGGCGGUCCUCCACAUCAUGUUUUGCUGCAAGGCUGCAGGGAGUCCAUGCUCGUCGUUGUUCGCCAGGUGAUGCCGCAGCCGCAGGUCGAGCUUGACCACCACGGUGGCGAACUGCAAAAGACAUUUGGAUCCUUUUCCACUGCAGAUGUGUACAAAGUCAUGGCGAUGCAAGAUGCCACACAGAUGUAUAAUGCAACGGAGUCUCCAACUCUCUCUUCUGGCCUAUGGAGAGUAUUACCGAAAAAAAGUGCGAUAAAAAGCAACGCCAAAAAGUGAUCUAUUCAAAGUAACUAUGGCUUGGCUAUUCAUAUUGGUUUGUAGGACAUCUUUUGAUGUAACUUAUAUUAUGCUCAUGCAUGUACAUAUGUAUGAUGUAUUUGUAGCACAACGAGAGAUAAAUGUAUAUUGAGUCUCAAUAUUAAAAAUAUUCAUGUAUGUGUCUUGCAUAGAGAAAAGCUUAUGUUACGGACUGGAUACAUGUCGUUGGGGUAAAACUAAUGUCCAGGUGUCUGACAUAAUGUCUGUUUAAUUCAGUUGCAACCAUUAUUAUUAUAAAUCAAGAAAAGUAGAAGUGUGACAAUAGAAGCAACCAUUGUCAAAUAAUUCCCACAUUUUCUUAAAUUCAAUAGUGUAAAAAAAUAACAAAGCACACAUAUUCGUUUUGACACAUACUUAUUGAAGAAAUAUAAUUUCCUCUUACUUAGUGAGAAACUUUUUCGCGUUUAUAAUAUAGUCAUGUAAAACUUUAUUCAUAAACUGCAUGUAUGAGAUUUACUAACAGUGCUAUUUCUAGCAUGUGCAGUGGCACCGGUCGAUGACUAGUUGCACUAAUUUUGGUUAGAAACAUGAUUAGCGAAGCGAUUUGGCAAGUAGAUAUUUUCAUACCAUGUAGAGGACGGAGUAGAGCCGGAUGCCGGACCCGAGCUCCCACACGGAGGCGCCUCGGUCCACGGCGGCGCUCACCACCGUGAAGUCCACGCCCACGAUCACCGACAUGAUGAUGGUGCUCAUGUAAGGCGCUGCGAACCGUUGCGAGGUCUUGUUCUACAAGAAAAAAUUUCAUCACCGGCCAAAAUGCAGAGUUAGAUUAUAUGUUUGACUGGUUGUGAGUACAUGGCUACGGUUGUGUACCUGGAGAACCAGCCAUCCGGCCCAGGCCACGCAGCUGAGGAUGAUGAGCACGUCGCCGGCGCUGCGACCACCGGUGGCCUUUGAUGCCGUGGCAGCGGUGAUCUCCUUUGCGUACCUCCAGUGGAGAGGCGAGGCCCAGAUCCUCAGCAGGGGGCCCUUGCACAAGAGCAUCACCAUUGAUCCGCCGAGGCAGACGGCCGUGCAUCUUGGCUGCCGCCGCGAUGAGGAACGUCAGGGGACAUAAAGGACAAAUUAGUUCAUUAGAGGCAAUGCAGCAGGACGCUUGCUAACAACAGCCCAAGUGGUGAAACCGCAAUCAACUGCUCCUCCAUCCAUGGCCCGAUCGAGAGGUUUCCCAAA